AUGGAUAGAAAUAGGGAAGCUAGAAGAGUACCGAUGGCGGCUGCCGGAAAUGGCUUGUCACGACGGAGGCAUAGAGCCGGUAGCUUCAGAGAUUCUCCAGAGGAGGACGGUCCUGUGGAGUUACCGGAGGCGGCGAGGCUGAGAGAUCGAGGAGGGAGUACGAAGAAGGAACGAGAUCGGGAACGUGAUAGAGACCGUGAGAGGGAAAGAGAAAGGGAUAAUAGAGAGCGAGAUCGGUUACAUAGCCGGAGUAAAAGAAGGAGAGGAGAACGGUUAGUGAUGGUUCGUGGUAAUUUAGACGACGGUGGUGACGACAGCUCGGAAGAGAGUGUCAACGACGAUGAAGAAUAUGACGACGGCGGAGGAGGAGGAGGAGGACCACCGUCUUCGUUAAAGAUGCUUCCUCCCUCGAGUAACAUCUCCCCCGCUUCGUUUUCGUCUUCUCUUUCAAAUCACCACCACAACCAUCACCACCACAGCCAUAGCCAUAACCAACAGAGGAAAAACUUUCCUCUUCCGAUGUCGAAAGUUUUCAGAUCGCCUCCUUCUCCGGCGCCUGUGACGGUGACGCCUCUGGUCUCGUCGUGGAAGGCUGCGGAUGAGAUGAUCGGUGUAGCCGUUCCUAGAAAAGCUCGGUCAGCUUGUACAAAGAGACCGCAUGAAUCAUGGGCGUCUAAUGCUAGCGGCGGCGGUGGUGUAUUUGCUUCCGGAGAGCAAAACCACCGGCAAGUUUCGUCUCCGGCUAGAGCUAGUUUAGCGUCUCCCUCUCCUCCUGCUCCUACGUCUCCGUCCUCAUCUAACGUUUCUGCACGGAAAAAGAUGUCGUCGGGGACAAAACAAAAGCCGCUCCCGCCAAAGUCAUCAUCGAGCAAGGUAUCAUCUUCAUCUCCGGUGGCCGUUCAAGACGAGAUCGAGAUAGAGAUUGCAGAGGUGCUUUACGGAAUGAUGCGGAUGCCUCUAGCCACGUCGAAACAAGAAUCCACCGGUGAGGAAGGUGCGAAAACAGCGGCGGUGGAUGUCAAAUCGAGAGUAUCAUCACCGAUCUCGAACUCACAAACUGUUCUUCAGUCUUCCACCAUCACACUCGCUGCAAAUUCAAGCUCGUCUAAUGUUUCCGCCAUUGUUCCGAAAAGAAAGAAGCCGAGGAUUGUUAAAUACGACGACGAGAACAGUUCGAGUUUACCGUCACGCGCCGUUAAAUCCGAAGCAGAAGCUCCGUCGAAAAGUCAAGUUCCGUUGGGUGAUCAGCUGAAGAGAUCGGGAUCCGGCGAAGAAAACAGCGCGGUGUUGGAUUCGACCAAUCCACAGCCUAGAGAAAGCCACGUGGCGUUAGAUUCGAGAUCAGCGGAGAAGAAAGAAAAUAAUCCGCCGAAAGAGGAAACAGUAUCGCCAAAAGUGGAAACUUCCUCAGGAUUUAAAUCCGAUGGUGAUGGGGCUAAAACAAGUUCGCCGGAAAAGGAGAAGAAGUUUGAGAUAGAUCUGAUGGCGCCACCGCCGGUUAAAUCGACAUCGGAGAGAGGAGGUGAGAUGGAAUGUGUGGCAGCAGAAGCUAACCCUAAAGUCACGGAAGUGGAAACGGAAGCGAAGCCUCUGCUGAAGGAGGAUGUAGGUAAUGCGACGAUUAUUGAGGAGAAGAAGAGACCUAGAGUGGUGGCUGAAACCGAACCUCCUAAGUCAGAGAGGAGUUGUGAACUGAAACUCGACUUGGAUAAAUCUGAUCAUGUGGCUGUAGUAAGCAAGCAUCAUGUUCAGAAACAGGCACCACCACAACAACAACUACUACCUGUUCCAGAUAAAACAGUUCAAGCUACCCCUAUGCCUCUGCAUAUGUCAAUGCCUGGCUGGCCUGGAGGUCUUCCUACAAUGGGGUACAUGCCACCUACACAAGGUGUUGUGCCUACGGAUACUAGCUCCUUAUCGUCGGCACCAAUGCAGCCUCCUCCACAUUUACUCUUUAAUCAACCGAGGCCUAAGAGAUGUGCAACACACUGCUACAUCGCUCGUAAUAUUCAGUCCCAUCAGCAGUUCACAAAGAUGAAUCCUUUCUGGCCUGCAGCCGCUGGCUCAGCUCCAUUGUACGGGACCAAGACCUGCAAUCUCAGUCUCAUGCCUCCCACAGAACUGCAGGGGGCUGUUUUGGGAAGAAGUUCCAAUCCUGUUCCAGAUGUGAACUCUCAAUCUACUUCCAAAAGCUCAGAUACAGCUCAGAGAAAUCAAUUAUUGCUCCAACAAGCUUUGCCUCCAGGAGCAGCUAAUAACAUGAUGCAUGGUCCGACCUUCAUUAUCCCCGUGGGCCAACAGCCUCAUGCAGCCGCAGCAUCUGUCAGGCCUCCUAAUAGUGGCAACACAGCUUCGUCUGGUGCGACAGCUACUGCAAACUCCAUGAGUGGCUCUGCAUCAGCUACUCCAACUGGUGCCCCAACAAUGACCUUCAGUUAUCCAGGCAUGCCGGGCAAUGAAACGCAGUACCUGGCCAUUUUGCAGAAUAAUGGCUAUCCGUUUCCUGUCCCAGCGCAUGUUGGUGCACCACCUGGUUAUAGAGGAGCUCCUGGACAGCCGAUGCCAUUUUUUAAUGGUUCGUUCUACUCCUCCCAAAUGAUCCAGCCUCCGUUUUCUCAGCCACAGAAGCAGCAACAGCAACCGCAGCAAGCUGGUCAAAUGCCCCAGAGCCAUUCUCCAAGCAACCAGAAUGGAAGUGUUUCCACUAGUUCCUCUGCUGCACAAAAGCAUAUGCAGAACCAGCAGCUGAGGCCACCGUUAAAUCAUGGGAAUUCCCAAGGCUUUCCAACUCAUAAAGUCCAAUCUCAGCCUUUGAGUUUUCAGCAGAGGCAGCAACCUAGAGAAAAUGCGACUCAACAUAGCGAGACUGUAGGAGAAGAUAGCCCAUCAACUGCUGAUAGCCGGUCUUCUCGUUCCGGUAUUGCUUAUGGCCAGAACUAUGGUAUGCAGAUGCAGCCAACGAAUUUGGGUUUGAUGAGUUCAGCAGCCCAAGGAGGUGGAGUGGUCAUAUCUUCGAGCAAACAGGGUGAAAAGAAAUCACAGCAGCAGGGUUCAAAGGCUGGUAUGGAAUCGUUUCAGUCGCAGGGUUAUGCUAUGACCUUUGCGACAUUCAAUGGAGCUAGUAGUGGUGGUCCUUCCCUGAACAUGUCAUCAAUUCCUCAGAAUCACCCUAUGUUCCACAGCAUUCCGGAAGCAGCAAGGCAAGGUUAUCAAAUGAUGGCAGCGAAUGUUGCCGCAGCUCAAGCAGCCCAACAGAAAAUGAACUACAGUUCUCCUUCUGAUGAUGGAAAAUCUGGGUCUAAUGCUACUGCUAAUAAGGUGGACGAACAAAGGAAGACAGGAGGAGCAACAGGGAAAACGAGUGGUGGGCAGUCUAUUGCUUUCUCUAACAAACACGACCUGGCUGAUGCAUCUGUUUCUGCUGUACCGAGUGGUAGCAUCGUUGAUACAUCCCGUUUGCUCAACCUUGGUUCUGCUCUGCCUCAGAGUUCCAGUUCUAUGCCGACUUCUCAUCAACAGCAACUUAUGCAACAGCAACAGCAGCAGCAGCAGCUUAUGCAACAACAACAGCAGCAGCAUAUGCAACGGAAUCAAUCUCAGCAACCUUACCCCACUAUGUAUCUCCAGAAGCAGCAACGGUAUGCAACAUCAGUGGCUGCGUCUGCUGCUAGAACCAAAGGGUCAGUGGCGAAUAAUGGGAGUGGUUUCCCUGAUCACAGUAUCACCGUAUCACCUGCGGGAGCCUCUAAGUUUCCAAAUGCCAACUCAGGAUUUCCUCAGAACCUUGUCCAGUCAAGCAGCAAUCAGGUGCAAUCAACUCAGUGGAAAAACAAUUCACCAAGGGCAACAAACACUUCCCAAGCUCAGUCUCCUUCCAUACUGUCCCCAUCAUCUUCUGCUGCUGCUGCCGCAUCGUCCCUAAGAAACGUCUCCCAUAAACAGCAAAGCCGUCCCCAACAAUCGCAGAUAUCUUUUGCAGCAAACUCGAAACCUUUGGCCUCUGGUUCACCAAUGCAACAGAUGCAAGGAGGUGCUAACAACCGAGCUCCGUCUCCACCAAUGUUAGUUGGAUCACCUUCUACAUCGUCAGUCUCCAAAAACGCAAGCGGAAGUCCAAGAACAGCUGCUUCCGCUUCCUCAGCGGUGAACAAAGCUGGACAAGCUUCUUCAACUACUCACUCAUCAUCUCAGCAGUCCAAGAACAUACAGUCUGCAUCCGUGGCGUCUUCUGGUGGUGGAAGGAGUAAUGGUCCUUCAGUUCUCGGGAACCCCAACACGAGCUCUGGAUCCAAGUCCCAACAACAACAGCAACAGUUGUCAAAGCAUGGGCUGCAGCAGCAAGCUCAGCUCUUCUUUUCUAAUCCUUACAUGCAAUCUCAACAUCAACAGCAGCAGAUCACAAUAUCUCCGUCUGGUGGCUAUUACAUUCAAAGACAUCAGCAACAGCCAGGUUCCACUGCUGCUGCCGGCGCCACAUCUACUCCUGUCACCCUCUCCGGCUGCACAACAGGAGUCGUAACUGCCACUUCAGAUCCAGCGAAAGCCAUCGCAGCUGCAGCAGCAGCGGCGAAUAACGUGAAAGGAGGCGGAGGAGGUGGAAUGGGGAAGACGCAGCAACAUCAGCUGGGGCCGCCAGGGUUCACUUAUGUACACGCGGUUCCCUCUGCGGUUCAGGUUAAGCCCGUAGAUCAGAAGCAACAAGCGGGUGAGUGA